CCGGGGCCGUCGCGCCACACGGGAGGGAGCAGCCUGGCCCGGCACGACCCCGCCUGCAGCUCCCGCCCGCGCCAAGACUCCAGCCCGGCAGCCUCACCCCAGCCGCCGCCGGUCCCGGCCUGCCUGGAACACGCGGACGGGGCGGGGAUGCUGCUGUCCAAGAUCAACUCAUUGGCCCACCUGUGCUCGGCGCCCGGCGGGGAUCUGCACCCAGUCAAGCCGCUGCCAGGAAAGGAAAAGGAACCCCUGGAGAAGCUGUACCAAGUGGGCCCGCUGCUAGGCAGUGGGGGCUUCGGCUCUGUCUACUCGGGCACCCGGCUAGCGGAUGGCGCUCCGGUGGCCAUCAAGCAUGUGUCCCGUGACCGCGUUUCAGACUGGGGAGAGCUGCCUGGUGGAACAAGAGUACCCAUGGAGAUUUUGCUCCUGAAAAAAGUCAGCUCAGGAUUUCGAGGGGUGAUCCGGCUUCUGGAUUGGUUUGAGAGGCCAGACAGUUUCAUCUUGGUUUUGGAACGCCCGGACCCUGUGCAGGAUCUCUUUGACUUCAUCACAGAGCGAGGUGCUUUGCCUGAGGAUUUGGCCCGCAGUUUUUUCUGUCAGAUUUUGGAAGCAGUAAGGCAUUGCCACAGCUGUGGGGUGCUCCACCGGGAUAUCAAGGAUGAGAAUAUUCUGAUUGAUUUGAGCAGUGGAGAGCUAAAACUUAUAGACUUUGGAUCUGGAGCACUGCUCAAGGACACAGUGUACACUGACUUUGAUGGGACUCGGGUAUACAGUCCCCCAGAAUGGAUCCGCUACCACAGGUACCAUGGCAGAUCUGCAGCUGUCUGGUCACUUGGUGUAUUACUGUAUGACAUGGUCUGUGGUGAUAUCCCCUUCGAACAUGAUGAGGAGAUCUUAAGGGGUCAGGUCUAUUUUCGGCAAAGGGUUUCUCCAGAAUGCCAGCAUCUUAUUAAGUGGUGUUUGGCUCUGAGGCCUUCUGACAGGCCAUCUUUUGAAGAUAUUCUGAACCAUUCUUGGAUGCAAGAUGUCCUCCUGCCUCAGGAAACAGCUGAGAUCCAUUUGCACAGUCUAAUUCAAGAGUCUAACAAAUAGCAGAGUAUUUCAUCUGUUUGGGCGCAAAACAAAGUUCUGCCCUACUGAGUGGGAAUUUUUACAGGGACUGCAUUCAUCUCAUUCCAGAUCCAGCCUGCCUGGAAACUUUUCCAAGCCUGAAGAAAUCUCUUACUGUGUGGAAUUGCAAAUCUCCUUGCCACUAGGUGACUUAGACAAGUCACUGAGUGUCCAUAACCUGCUGAAUCGAAUCCUAGAAUAAGAAACGAGUGGAGCAGAGAGAGAGAGAGAGCAGAUGUUUAAGUGGGGGAAAUCUGGGUAUGGGAGCAGGGAGGGAUAGUAUUGAUUUGGAUUGGCUGCCUGUCUUCACUGUGUCACCAUGUUCUGAGUGCCUUCAGUUGCAAACUGAGCUGUGCUGGGGGGGAAAUACUUGAAAGCUCCUUCACUGCUGCUGUCUCAAGAUUCAUCUGGGUUUUGUUUUUGUUCCACCUUUUAAACAGAACUUCAUCAAAAGAGGCUUUGUGUGAUACAUUGGCAAACCCUAGCUGAUGGUUGCCCAUUAUGAACUCUGAGUUGGCUUUUGUCGCCUCUCAAAAGCCGGGACAUCCUCAAGUGCACAAACAAUGCAACCCCACUGAACUGUAAUUUUGUACAGAAUACAGGAACAAAGCUUAUUGUACAGAAGAUUGUAGUUUAUAAUGUUUUUACUUCUGUUUUUUUAAUUUAUUUCCAGGGUUUUUUAAAAUGAAAUGUCCUAACUUGGAUAACUUUUAUUUAUUUUAUUUAUGAAUCAUGUGGGCUUAUAGUCUACACCUCACUCCUACAGCUGCUGUUCUGGUUUUCUGUUACAUUGCCCCCCUAGCCCUCCUUCCCCAGCCCCCAGGUCAUAUCUCCUGCCUGUUUUGCUCUGAUGUCUUGCCACUAUAUGAAGCAGCUUGACCACCUCUCAGCUGUUUGUAAAUAUAUCCUUCUGUGUGGCUGUUCAGCCUCCCUGAAUUUUGAGACAUGCUUCCACAAGUAUUGGUAGGGAAGGGCUGGUGCCAUGCAUGUGUAUAUAAUAUUCAUUUAAUGAAAUUUGGGGCAAAAUACCCUGGACUUCAACACUGUCAAGCUUGUAUAAGUAAUUUGGUGUGUAGUCUGCUCGUUUUGUUAAUAGCUAAUACUGUA